AUGCACAGCACGCUGCUCAGGUCAUCCCCAAAACACGCGUAUGUGUCCGAUCAGCAUGGCCCGCUCCAAUCGCUGUCACUGAGAGAUAUGGAGGCCAAACAGCACCAGAUCAAAAGCCUGAAGAGCUAUCCGGAGACCGGCGGUCGGAGCCUGGCAGCAGCUGCCGGGGGAGGGGACGGCGGCGGGUACCGAGGCGGCUCGGCGGAAAUGGAUAUGGAGGCAAAGAUUCAGAAAGCUAUCGACUUUAAAUUAGAGGGUCAUCGUUGUUAUAAAGAAAAGAAAUUUCGAGAAGCGAUAGGGAAAUACCACCGCGCACUGCUACAGCUCAAAGGUGUGCAUGUGGUCGACAACACCACGGGCUCCGAGGUGAACCUGCUGAACCAAGCGGCGGCCAAGCUGACCGAGGAGCAGCGCAAUGCCGUGGAGAGCACGGAGAUUGAGUGUUACGACAGCCUCACGGCAUGCCUGUUGCAGUCGGAGCUGGUGAACUAUGAGAGAGUAAAGGAAUACUGUCUGAAGGUGCUGAGUCAUCAGAGGGACCACUUUAAGGCCAUGUAUCGAGCUGGCAUCGCCUUCUACCACCUGGGAGACUACGAAUGUGCCCUGCGCUACCUGCGUGAGGCCAAGAACCGGGAGCCAACAGACACCAACGUGCUCCGGUACAUCCAGCUUACAGAGAUGAAGAUGAGCAAAUACGGACAGAGAGUGGCAAAGAGACCCCGGCUAACCCUUGAUUUUUUUAACCCCGAUGACCUCCUUUGA